CGUACAUUGAUUAACGGCGAAGGGACUAUGGAGAAGUUUAAUUUCGUAAAAUGUGAUAUUGAAAAGCGUUUCUCACAUGAAAUGCAAAAAAUUGUAAAAACAGGUGAUGGCACGUGCCGGCUCUGCCUGCCACAGUAAAGCUAAAAGGCCCGGAAUCUAGAUCCGACGACCAUAUCUUCCCGUCAAGACCGGGACCUCUAUAAUUUAAUCCAACGGCUAGUAAUCCACCAAUAAUCCCAGCCAUCACAUCUUCAUCCAACGGCUUAAAUUGAAUCAACCCUUCCCUAUUACACCAUGAAUAUAAAUCGAAAGGCCCUGUCUAAAUCUCCAGAUUCACUCUUUCUCCCAAACAAAAAGAAAUUAAAAAAACCGCAAAAAUUUUAAAAAGAAAAUCUCUUUCCUUCCUUGAUGGUGCUAACGUGCGCGGUUGUACUAGCGGCGCUGGUUUAACGUUCGCCGCCUGAGAUGUCGCCAGGGGCUUCAAGAACAACGGUUGUGAUAAGAAUCUCACGAUACAGGAAAGGUCAGUGGAGGUGAAAUUUGUUUAAAUCAGACGUUCCCGUAUUUUUGGGGUGGGACCCAACCGGGAAAAAGGGAAAAAAAAGGAGAAGAAAUGGAUGGCCUAAAGAGCCAGGCGAAGCUAACACGAAUGCAGUCGUCGUUGCUCCGUUCAUCGCCAACCGUCCGAUCGUCCAUACAGAGUAUGUCUUCCAUCACUGAAGAUGACUUUAGGAAAGAACAAGAAGAAAAAGACGACUACCAGCAUCCAGAGUCGUUACUAAAAGAUAAGAAAAAAAAGAAACCGCCACCAAAGAAGUCAUGUUCGAUGUCACCGAGGAUUACUCCGGUUCGGUUCAACCCGGUUUUCGCCAUGGCCUCAGUCUCUUUCUUCACUUUUUUCUCUUUCAUCUUCUUUUGCUUUUAUCUUAAAAGAGAAGAAAUUCCCACAUCGGAAAACCUCUUGUUAGCCUUAAUCUUCGUCGCUAUUACCCUUUUUAUCGCUUCGAAAAACAAAGCUUUAAUCAACCAAGGCAUUGCUUGUUUCAAAGAAAGACUCCACCUUUCAAAACCCAAUUCGAAGCCUGUUCAAUGGUUCAUUGGAGAAACCAAAUGUAACAAAAACAACAAAGAAAAAGAAAGACUUCAGCUGGCUGUAAGAGAAGGGGUGGAGUUUUAUAGCAAUGGGGAUUUUUAUGAAGGUGAAUUUCAUAAGGGAAAAUGUAAUGGGAGUGGGGUUUAUAACUAUUUCGUGAAUGGGAGAUAUGAAGGAGAUUGGGUAGAAGGGAGAUAUGAUGGGUAUGGAGUGGAGAGCUGGAGUAGAGGGAGUAGAUAUAGAGGCCAAUAUAGACAGGGUUUAAGGCAUGGAUUUGGGGUUUAUAGGUUUUAUACAGGGGAUUCUUAUUCUGGUGAAUGGUGUAAUGGACAGAGUCAUGGUGUUGGUGUUCAGACUUGCGCUGAUGGGAGUUGCUAUGUUGGGGAAUUCAAGUCUGGGGUUAAACAUGGACUUGGCUACUAUCAUUUCAGGAACGGAGAUAAAUAUGCUGGAGAGUAUUUUGGAGACAAAAUGCAUGGAUUUGGCGUUUAUCACUUUGCCAACGGUCACUGUUAUGAGGGAUCGUGGCAUGAAGGUCGAAAGCAAGGAUAUGGCUUGUAUACUUUCCGGAGUGGUGACAAGAGAUGUGGUGAGUGGGAUUCCGGCACCCUUAAAACCCCUCUACCCCCGGUUACUGAUGCUAUCCUUCGAGCAGUUCAGGCUGCUAGAAAAACAGCAGCUAAUGCUAUUAACCUUCGCCGGGUGGAUGAACAAGUGAACAAGACAGUCCUGGCUGCAAAUAGGGCGGCAACUGCUGCUAGGGUAGCCGCAGUCAGAGCUGUUCAGAACAGUAUGGAUGGCAAAUUUUGUGAUACAGAUGUCUUAAGAGAUUAGUUUUGCCUGAAAACGUUUUUUUUUUAAAUUAAUUUUAUGUACUUGAAGAGGUCACCCUGGUGAGCAAAAGCUCAUUGGAGGUUGAGAGAUUAUAUUUGAGGUUUCAUUGGCAAAUGUAACUUGUACAUAACUCUUGUAUAUGAAUGGAAGAUCAGUUUUCAGCAGGUUUAUAUCA